UCAAUUGUCAAACAAUCGCAAACAUCUCAAAGCUCAAACGAAAUGAACGAAGUGUUGUGACAAAUUGCAAAAUAAAAAAUAAAUGUUUCCAAUUUAUAUUAUAAGAACAUAUUUCAAAACCACUUAAAGUAUUAUUUAAAGGUUUAAAUGUAUACUAGUUAUUAGUAAAUUACAUAAAUAUGGUGGUUAACGCACCAGAAUCUCCAAUACAAGCUGAAAUCAUAUUUGUUAUAGAAGCUACAUCAGCAAACAGCGCCUAUAUAACUGAAUUGAGAACAAAUUAUAUCGUGCCCACAUUAGAAUAUUUUCAUGGCGGUGCACUAGAGGAAGGUGGGGGAUGUGGUUCAGUUUACGGGAUAGUUGCAUACAAAGCAGCCGACUGUCAUCCUGGUCUCCCUGUUGCUACAUAUGGACCAUUUUCAUGUCCCAAGAGCGUUGUAGAGACAGUUGAUAAAAUACAAUACAUUGGUGGUAAUGCAGAGAACCGUGGUUGUAUCACUGAAGCCCUAUCAACAGCGUUAUCUUGCUUCGAUGAGCUGGGACGUACUGAUCUUCCAAUGCACAUAUUACUGUUGUGUUGUUCACCUCCUUAUUCUGCAUAUGCUGGAGGUUUGGUACCACAGGGUGCUCCGGCUACAAUAGAACAAGCUGCACGUUUGAUCAGCGAGCGUGGUGCUCAUUUAUCAAUAGCAUCUGCUAAACGAUUGCCCGCUCUGCUGGCUCUUUACGAACACGCGGGCGGGGAGCUGCAUCAAGCGCAGCAGAGGAAUUAUGCUAAGGACCCGCGACAUCUGGUACUGAUGCGGGGUUACAGUUUGAAGGAACGGCCACCGAGUCCCGCACCGCCGCCCGCACCCGAUGUACAGCCUGACAUAUAUGGUCCAGCGCGUGCGAUGGGAGCGGCACCCCGCGCUCCAGCCGCGGGUCAAUUCCAGCGAGACAUCCGCGCUCCAGUGCGGCCCGGCUGGAUGGGUGUGCACCCACAGCGACAGCCAAUAUACGCCAACAACUCUGCGCUGCUCACACAGCUGGCUCAGCCUUCUUAUCCUCCACCUCCAGCCGCACAUGCCCAGGGCAACAUGCAGCGCAUGCCAUCUCUGAUGAAUCAAGGGGCUGGACCCUCCGCCUCUGGUGUGGCUCCGCCCCUCAAGCGCACCUACAUCUGGUCCGGGAUCCUCGAGUGGAUGGAGAAGGGGAAGACAUCUGGUGACCAGCAAAAGGUCACCAAGCAUCUGCCGUGUCAGGUAUCAGCUAACUCCAAGGAUGUAGAACCGGAGCUGAAGGUGGAGACUUGGCCGAGCAAGUUGCUGAUGCAGCUGAUGCCCAAGCAGGUGAUCAGCAACAUCGGUGGUCAGUACCUCCGCGACAGCAAGUCAGUACUCUUCCAUCUCCAGCCCAAUGAGGUGGUGGAGGCCCUCACUAAGGUCAUGGUUAAUGGUUAUGCGGGGUGCGUCCACUUCUCCCCGAUGUCAUCACCGCCGCAGUGCGACAUCAAGGUGCUGAUCCUCCUGUACACUCCUGACAAGAAGGCUUACCUCGGCUUCAUACCCAACAACCAGGCCACCUUCGUCGAGAGAUUGAGGAAGGUGAUCCAGCAGCAAAAGAUAACGCAGAUAAUCAAACAUGUCCCGGCAGCAGCUGCUGGCGCUUUGCCCUCCUCAACUAUCGCUGCAGGGAGCGGAGGCAUGCCCUCGUCGAGUAUGGGACCAUCUAACAUUGGAGCGGCGCUAAGCAAUGCGCUUAACUCGAGCGUGGGCGUAGUGGGCCAGAUGGCCGGGCCCACUGGGCCGGGCAUGGUGCAGCCGCAGAUGCAGCCGCACAAUCAACAAACUAUGAUGAUAGCCAACAACAUGGGUGGGCAAGUGGGCAAUGUGCCCGGCGUGGGCGUGGGCGGGAAGGGUCCACGGCCGGUGACACAGCUGGACGGGCUGGAGGCGGCGCGCCAGCAGAACCUGGAGAAGAUCCAGCACUUGCAGCAGACGCUGGAGGCGGCGCACCAGCAGGAGGCGCAGUUCAAGUCCCAGAUGGACAUCAUGACACACCUGCACGCCGCGCAGCAGCAGGAGCAGCAGUACAAGCAGCUCGAGGAGCAACAAAGGAAGCAGCAGUUGCAGCAGCAGCAGCAGCUGCAGCAACAGCUGCGCGGUGGCGCUGGUCAUCCGCCGCGUGUGAUGCAGAGCGUCAACCAGGGUCUGCGUAACUUGCUGCAGCAGCCUCAGUACAGGCCGGCGGGGGGCGCGGUGAGACCCACCGUACAGACACAACAGUUCGAUGAUGUCAACAAUUACAACGACUUCCUACAGCCUUGACUGAACUCUAGUUCGUAUAAAGUUAAUUUUUUAUUGAUAAGUAAAAAUCUUAAAAAAUAAAAAAAAUAUUUUUU